UUUUACUCUACUUAGCUACAAAUACCUACUUAUCAUAAGUCAUUUGGUGACCAAAUUCAAAGUUCUACAGAUUCUCCCUAUUCUUGAAAUGCCCGCCAUUGGAAUCGACCUGGGAACAACCUACUCCUGCGUGGGAGUGUUCCUGCAUGGCAAGGUGGAGAUCAUUGCCAACGAUCAGGGCAAUCGGGUGACGCCCAGCUACGUAGCGUUCACCGACACCGAGCGCCUGAUCGGGGACGCUGCCAAAAGUCAGGUGGCCAUGAACCCAAAGAACACGGUUUUCGACGCCAAGCGGUUGAUUGGCCGGAGAUUCGACGACCCCAAAGUGCAGGGCGAUUUGAAGCAUUGGCCCUUUCUGGUGCAGAACGAAGGUGGCAAGCCGAAAAUUUGCGUGGAGUAUAAAGGGGAGAGGAAGGUGUUCGCACCGGAGGAGAUCAGCUCGAUGGUCCUGACCAAGAUGAAGGAGAUCGCAGAAGCUUACCUGGGUAGAUCAGUGCGAGAUGCGGUGAUCACGGUUCCGGCGUACUUCAACGACUCUCAGCGUCAAGCAACCAAGGACGCAGGAGCUAUCGCCGGGCUGAAUGUAACGCGAAUUAUCAACGAGCCAACGGCAGCUGCUUUGGCCUAUGGGUUAGACAAGAACCUCACAGGGGAACGUAAUGUGCUGAUUUUCGAUUUAGGAGGCGGAACAUUUGACGUCUCCAUUUUGACCAUUGAUGAAGGAUCGUUGUUUGAGGUAAGGGCUACGGCUGGCGAUACGCACCUCGGAGGAGAAGACUUUGACAGUCGAUUGGUGGACUUUUUCGUGGAAGAGUUUCUACGAAAGCAUCGGAAGGACAUCAAGAGCAAUCCGAGAGCACUGAGACGGCUACGGACGGCAGUGGAGCGAGCGAAGAGAACACUGUCUUCAAGCACCGAGGCGUCCGUUGAAGUAGAUGCGUUAAUCGAUGGGAUUGACUUUUUCUCAAAGAUCUCCCGCGCUCGUUUUGAGGAACUCUGUGCAGAUCUGUUCAGAUCGACCUUGCAGCCGGUUGAAAAAGCUCUCUCCGAUGCCAGUAUGAGCAAAGCGUCCGUAAAUGACAUUGUUUUGGUCGGCGGUUCCACUAGAAUUCCAAAAAUUCAAAGUUUGUUGCAAAAUUUCUUUGUUGGAAAGUCGCUUAACAUGUCUAUAAACCCAGACGAAGCUGUCGCUUAUGGAGCAGCAGUUCAGGCAGCGAUUCUGAGCGGUAAUAAAGAUACCACGAUUCAGAACGUACUUUUGGUGGAUGUGGCUCCUCUUUCUCUAGGAAUAGAAACUGCCGGAGGACUCAUGACCAACAUCAUCGAUCGAAAUAGCCGAAUUCCAUGCAAGCAGAUGAAAACCUUUACCACGUAUGCGGACAAUCAACCAGGGGUAGCGGUUCAAGUCUACGAAGGUGAACGAGCUAUGACCCGUGAUAACAACCUUCUAGGGAAAUUUGAGCUUGUUGGCAUUCCUCCAGCUCCAAGAGGCAUUCCACAAAUCGACGUAUCAUUCGAUUUGGAUGCAAACGGAAUCCUGACCGUAACAGCCGUAGACAAAAGCUCUGGUAAGACGCGCAACAUUCAGAUAAGGAACGACACGGGACGGCUUUCACAGCAGGAGAUCGACCGGAUGCUGGCCGAUGCCGAGCGUUUCAAGGUUGAAGAUGACCAGCAGCGGCAGCGGGUGUUUGGCAAGAACAAGCUGGAAUCGUAUUGCUUUAGUUUGAAGUCAACGGUGGAGGAAUCCGGGAACGGGAUGAAUGAGUCGGAUCGAAAAAAGGUGCUAAAAAUAUGUGAUGAUACUCUUAAAUGGUUGGAAGAAAACAGCGGAGCCGAAAGGAAAGAAUAUGAUCAUCGGUAUAAGGUAUUGUCCAAGGUUUGCGCUCCAAUCAUGACUAAAUUGCACCGCGCGGAUGAGUCUACUGGGAAUAAUGGACCAACAAUUGAAGAAGUUGAUUGAAAAGAUAUGGCCAAUAAAACAAUGAUUCGUGAUUCUGAAGCAUCAUAGAUGUUAAGGAA